GCUGUGAAACGUAUUCGAAAUGUUUUCUGUGUGGUGGCAACUGUUCAAUGUUGCGCUCUGGUUGCAAGUGGUGCGAAUGAUGCCACAGCUGGACGAGUUUUGUGAACACCAUUCAGCUAAUACAAUGCACGACUUUUGCUGCGAUCUGCAUGACGAAUCGCCGCAGUUCAGCGACUGUCAAUCCGAUUGGCAUAACAAAAUCGACUACACCAACGAUGAGGAUGAACUGCUCUAUAUGUUUUGCACUGCCGAAUGCACAUACAACAGCACAGACUUUCUAGCAGGCAAUCGUCAGUCUCUGAACUUGCAUCACGUGCGCGAGCACCUGGAGAACGAUUUGGCCAAUGCAAAGGAUGAGGCGUUGCUCUACGAGGUAUACGUUAAGUGCGACAAACAUGCUCUAGGACAGCUCGAGCACAAGGACGUGAAAGCUUUGGCUAAGCGCCUGAUUCCACAUGGCUGUCAUCCGUUUCCGGGUCUGGUGAUGGAGUGCAUGGUUAGGGAGAUGAUAUUAAGGUGUCCAGCGGAGCGCUUUCACAAGACAGCGCAAUGCCACGUCGUACGCCAAUAUUUGCAAAAGUGCUUGCAGCAAACGAAGUCUACAUAGAUUUAAAUAGAGCUUCAGACGGAGCAGCAAU